UCUGCAUCUGCAACGUGACUCGAGCCAGCUCCUAAUUCCAGCCUGUGUGGUUACAAUACAACGAUACCUUAGCGAUACUCUCACACCCGCAAGACAAAAGGACGUCCACUUCCAAGUCAGGGCUGCAUGCCCGCCCAAUCAUGCAAUCCCAUCAACACCACAUCUUCUCCCACCAGAACCCAUACCACCAACCCGACUGGCAGCAGCAGCAGCAGCAGCAUCACCCCCAACACGCACAAACGCAAUAUGCGCAAUCCCAAGCCGCCGCCGCCGCAGCGAACGCAGCAGCGCAACAACAACAUUACGGCCGAGUCAACACACAGAACGGCCACACCAAUUCCGCCGGGGGCACAGGCAUGAACUCGAACCCCAACCAAAGCCUCACGGGCGGUAACAACAACACCAGUGGUGGCAGGAACACGGGCGCAAACGGAGGAGACAGCAACAACAACAACACCACCACCCUCGAACACAUCCACGCCCACAGCCUCUUCACUCCCACCGGCGCGGAGGCCUCGAGCGAAGAAAACCGGCGCGUGCUCGAAUGGGUGGCGCAAGUCCUCAACGCGCACACGCGCGAAUCCUCCCUGCUGGAACUCAGCAAGAAACGCGAGCAAGUGCCCGAACUGGCGCUCAUCCUCUGGCAUUCCUUCGGGGUGAUGACGAGUCUGCUGCAGGAGAUCAUCAGUGUCUAUCCACUCUUAAAUCCCAGUCAGUUGACCGCGGCGGCUAGUAACCGCGUGUGUAAUGCGUUGGCGUUGCUGCAGUGUGUCGCCAGUCAUGGGGAGACGAGGGGGUUGUUUUUGGGGGCACACAUCCCCCUCUUCCUCUACCCCUUCCUCAACACGACCUCCAAAUCCCGCCCCUUCGAAUACCUGCGCCUCACCUCCCUCGGCGUCAUCGGCGCGCUCGUGAAGAACGACAGCAGCGAGGUGAUCAACUUCCUCCUCACCACCGAAAUCAUCCCGCUCUGCCUGCGCAUCAUGGAGACCGGGUCGGAACUCAGCAAGACCGUCGCCAUCUUCAUCGUGCAGAAGAUCCUACUGGAUGACAUGGGCUUGCAGUACAUCUGCCAGACGUACGAGCGCUUCUACGCCGUGGGGACGGUGUUGUCGAAUAUGGUGACGCAGUUGGUGGAUCAGCAGACGGUGCGCCUACUUAAGCAUGUUGUGCGGUGCUUUUUGCGUCUAUCAGACAACGCCCGCGCGCGCGAAGCCCUGCGGCAAUGCCUGCCCGAACCCUUACGCGACGCCACGUUCUCCCCCGUGCUGCGCGACGACGCGGCGACGAAACGGUGUCUCGCGCAGUUACUGCUGGCCUUGUCCGAUCAGGCGGAGCCGACGAUGACGCCGUCGUAUGGCAACCAUCAUCAUCUGCCGUAGCAGAGCAGCCUUCGACUGUUACUCGGGCGGUGUAACUCGUACUGGUAACUUGUACCAGCCAUGCUGGGUUUUGCGCGGGCUGUGACGGUCGGAGCAUCAGCCGUACCGGACGUCAUGGUCAAGGACGCUGUUGCUUACUGCGGGGCCUUCUUUCGAUGCGCGUGGGCUUUCACUACUACUACACACGCCGCACCGGAGUCCCAGCGGCG